GUACUGUCCAAGUACAGGCCUCUUCCUGCUAUUUUCCUCCCUGGUAGUGAGGUUUCUAGUUGGUUCGCCCAUCAAGGAUAUGGAUCUUCACUAUCAUUUUACAUACCUCCAGUGUCAGAGGGUGAUGAAAUCCGAGGACUAUUUAUAUGGGGCAUCUACUCAGCCGGUGAACAAUAUGAUCCAAGUGGACCUGCUUCUCCUUUUGCUAUCAUCAGGAAUAAGAGCAAUGGCCUAGAAUAUAUUCACAGGUCCGCAUACCUGUCCACUUCUUUAGUCCGCGAAGAUCAUUCCUGGGUGACCUUUGUGCCAUUUAGUCUGGUCCCAUGUUCAAGGAAAGGCGGUGAAGAGUUAGAAGUGUAUGUGUUAGUAGCAGGAAUUGCCACUGUGGUAAAGAAGUGUGGCGUCCACCAUAUAGUAAAUGCAGCAGAUGCAAUCAUGGAUAGCCAUUAUAGUACUUUACUAUCUUCAUAUGCCAAUUUCGACCAUUCUGGAGUUGAUAAAUUGGAUACAGUUAGUGCAAAGAGAGUUUACGACAGCGAUAGUAUAUCAGAUUUAUGUAGUGAUGGGAGAUGCCUGAAAAAAGCAAGGUGGGGAAGGCUGAUGCAUUAGCAUCAGUUGAACAGAGGGAGUUCAUGUUAACAAUCUUCAAGUUAAAGUUGGCAUGUUUAUCUGAAGAAACUUGAAAGUUUCUUUAAAGCUGGGGAAGAUCGAUGAGAAAGCGGGAAUGCCCCCGAAAUGGCCAAUGUGUAUUUCUGUCAGAAAAUUAAAGAGCAUUAUCCAUUUGUAUGACUAUCCUUUUGAACAACUUUAGAUGUUUAUUUACUUAUACUUUGAUUUUUAAGAAACAAAGAUUAUACUUGAAAUUGUUAAAAAGAGAUUUCAAUCUACUCUUCUAAGUGUUAGUAUUAGCUCCCACCAACAGUAUCCUGCCUAAACUACUGGCUUAACAAUUUGCGCAACCCUUAAGUGUCAG